AUGUUAUCCGUAACAAAUAAAUUUAAAAUAUUUUUUUUAGAUAAUAGAUAUUUAUGUAAUUUAUUAACUUGUGACAUUCAUACGAACACAUUUUUAUGUGGAAGAUUUAAAAAAACUUUCCCUAAGCCGAAACAUAAAUCUUCACGUUUAAAUAAAAAUAUUCAAGCCGCCGAAUUUGAUUUAGAACAAGAAAAUGAAGAUCCUGAAGAAUUAAAUUUAAUGAAUUUAGAUUCAUUUUAUGAUGCUCAUAUAAGCGAAAAAAAAUUUAAUAAGAAGUUCACUGACUUUAAAAUUACACAAAAUAAAUUUUUUGCUCCGGCAAAAGAACCUUCAAUGUUAACUUAUAAUGAACGAUUAUCAAUUCAAUAUUUACAUAAAAAAGAUCCGAUUGUAUGGAAUAUUCAAGCUUUAAGCGAAAGUUAUCCAGCCACGCCAAUUAUAAUAAAAAAAAUAAUUAAAAACAGAAUAAAAAUCACACCAGAAAGGCAAAAAAAAAUGGAUGCUAAUGUAGAGAAAAAUUGGAAACUGUUAGAAGAAAAUAAAUUAGAAGCAAGUCCAAGAUAUCUUGAACAUUUAAAAAAAUUUGUUAAUCGUAGAGAAACAUUAUUGGAAAAUAUAAAAAAUUCACAAUUUUACUUACCUAAAGUAGAAGUUAAAAAACAGUACACAGGUGAAACAUCUAAAAUUCUUCAUGAUUAUGCGAAAGAAAUAGACAGGUUGACAAAAGAAUUUAACAGGACACAAGACGAAGAAGUUGUACUUGAAAAAUCGAAAUUAUUACCUGAAAAUAAAUCUGUCGAUAUGAAUUCAUCAAAUGAACAACAUGAUAAGUUAACCUCAAAAAAAAUGUAUGCCAAAACAGAAGAUUCAAAAACUGAUAAAAUGCUUAAGAAAAUUAUUAACGAUAAAAGUAGUGAAGGAAUACAUGAUAGAAGUGAUGGGAGUAGCCUCAUUGAUUUUAUAUCGAAAAAAAAUUUUUCAAGAGAACAUUUAUUCGUUAAUAAUUUUAACAGGGACAAUGACAAUUUGGACGAUUUAAAACCAUCUAAAAAUACAUCUAAUUUCAAAUUAGACUGGGAUUCAGAAGAAUAUGAAGAUGAUGAAUUGGAUAAUAUGUCUGGAAAUUUAUCAAACUUUCAUAAAAAACGAGAAACAAAAAGUAGUACGAUAUACAUAAAAGAAGAAAAUUUAGGAAAAAAUAUAAGUGAUUAUGAAAAUGAUGGGUCUUCAGAAUUAUCCAAUAGAAAAAAAAAAGAAAUAUUAAAAUAUGAAGAAAGAAUAGAAAAAGAUUCAAAUUUUAAAGAAAAUGAUGAAAAAUAUUAUGAUAAAAUAGCACAGGAUAUGAAUAAUUCAAUUUUUUGGAAUGCUAAAAAAGACAGCAGGGAAAAAGCACAAGUUGAAUUAGAAAAAAAACCUCUUUUACAACCAGACAAGUUCACAAAUAAAAUCAAUGAGCAAAAUGUUGAUAAUAAUAAUAAUAGUAAUGUUAAUAUUACCACUUCUUCGAGUUAUCCGGAAAAAAUUAAAGUUCCAAGCGCUAAUAGAGGUACAAAUGUUAUUUACAAAGUUAAAGAUUGUUACUACGAUUCAAAUGGUGACUUCUUAUACAGAGUACCUGGAAUGAUAAAUUAA